GGAAGCCACAGAGUUUACUAUAAAAGGAAGAGAAGCCAAACAACUAAUUUGUGUGCAAACCAGACCAAUCUUUCAAUUCCCUUUUACUCUUUCCCACAUUACAAAAACUUAGAGAUAUGGAAAAGGGUCAUGAUCAGGAUCUUGACCAAAACCAUGCCCAUUCUGCUGGAUCUUGCGUUGAGAAGAAGCUCAGGCUUUUUGGGUUUGAGCUGAGCCCAAGCAAGAAUGAGGACAGCUCCAUCAAAGGCUUUGCAGAAGGAGAUGAGAGUGUAAAUUCAUCGAACUCCAUUUCGUAUGGAAGGGAGGUUCAUAUGAACAAACCUGCCAGCAAUGAGAAAAGCUCAACCAGUGAAGCAGAUGAAAAGAAGUUUGAGUGCCAAUAUUGCUUCAAGGAAUUUGCAAACUCACAGGCAUUGGGAGGUCAUCAGAAUGCGCACAAGAAGGAGAGGAUGAAGAAGAAGAGGCUUCAGCUUCAAGCCAGGAAGGCCAGCAUCAACUAUUACCUCCAGCCUUUCCAAACCAACAACCUUGGCAAUGGCCUUGCUUUUCACCAUGGCUCUUCACCAUCUUCGUGGUUUUAUGACCCUUCCUCAUAUGUUAUAAACCCUGAUCAGUUUACACUCCAUGAAGAAUCCCAGAUCAGUUUCAACCCGUUUGAUCAAAAUGGAUCAAGUGGGUCCCAGGUAUCCAAUUGGUAUGCUCUGCCACCUCAGUUCUCUUCCCAAACAGAUGAACAAGAUGCAUCUAAUAACAAGUUCACUUUAACACAAACAGACAGAUCAGGAGAAAGCAGGCCUGUCGUCUUUAAGCCUUCCCCUUUAUCUGCUUCAACUCAAAGCUGUAAACCUUUGGAUCUUCAGUUAGGCCUAGGCUUGCCAUCAAAGAUACGAAGAUCCUCUAGAAGUGAAGUUUAACUGGAUCCAGUAAACACUGCAAAUUCUUCUCCAGUAGUUUAAGAAUUUUUUUUUUCCAUAUUCCAAAAUCAAAAAGAGAAAAAAGCAAAAACAAGAAGAAACUGAAUCACAUUAUAUUGUGUUAUAGGUAGAAACAGAUUUAUAUGCUUUGUUAUAUAUAGUAGCAGAUCAGACAGAUAGUCAAAGAGAAAUGCUAGAUCAAAUACCUUUAAAUGUGAGGAGCACUAUUUGGCUGCAAAGCCAGGGAUUUGAUGUCGUUUGCUGACAAUUAUUGUUUGUAUUGUAUGCUAACUGAGGAUUGCGCAUUAUUGCAAUAUAGAUUUAAGGGUUUUUCUUAUUAUCUUUGUACAUAUGACAUGUUCCUUUGAAUGAUAAUUACAAAAUUCCAAAGCCCA